GGAGUAGCCAGUGCACGGCAUUAACUCCUCCCCACUCUGGAAAGCAAUCAUGUGAUUUUUAUGGUUCCUCUGCUCCCGGCCACCAUUGCUUCCUCCUGAGUGUCCUUCCCUGACUGCUGCCCGGGAGCCAGGCUUUGGGGAGCAAUGACAGAAGUGAAGAGAGAGGUGUUUGGGCAGAUGCCGCCGGAGCAAGGAGGAGGAGUGGUGGAAAAGUUCAUCUUAAAGUCAGACAGCGUGAAAGUGGAGAUCCUGUCCUUCGGGUGCAUAAUUGCUGCUCUGGAGACGAAAGGCAGGGAUGGGCAGUUUUCAGAUGUUGUCCUGGGCUUUGACACUUUGGAAGGUUACACCAGGAAACACCCCUUCUUUGGUGCUGUUGUGGGACGUGUUGCCAACAGGAUUGCAAAGGGGAGGUUCACCAUGGAGGGGAAGGAGUAUCAGCUCUUCAUCAACAAUGGGCCCAACAGCCUCCACGGAGGAGCCAGGGGAUUUGACAAGGUUCUCUGGAGCCCCCAGGUCCUUCCCAACGGUGUCUGCUUCUUCCGGCUCAGCCCCGACGGUGAGGAAGGUUACCCUGGGGACCUGAAGGUCUGGGUGACCUACACGCUCAGCGGUGGCGAGCUGGCCAUCAACUACAGAGCCCAGACCAGCAAGACCACCCCCAUCAGCCUGACAAACCACGCAUACUUCAACCUUGCAGGGCAGGGCUCACGGGAUAUCUACGACCACGAGAUUUCGAUUGAAGCAGAUUCCUACUUGCCUGUGGACGACACCAAGAUCCCCACGGGGGAGGUGGCUGCUGUGCAGGGCACCGGUUUCGAUCUCCGGCAGCCUGUGGAGCUGGGGAAGCACUUGCAGAAGUUUCGCCUGGACGGCUUUGACCACAACUUCUGCCUGCAGCAGGCACGGGCUCGACGCCUCGUGGCCAGGGCUCGCCACCCACCCACCGGCAGGGCCAUGGAGGUUCACACCACUCAGCCUGGCAUCCAGUUUUACACUGGGAACAACCUGGACGGCUCCCUGAAGGGCAAAGGUGCUGUCGUGUACCCCAAGCACUCAGCUUUCUGCCUGGAAACUCAGAGCUGGCCCGAUGCUGUCAAUAAGCCCCACUUCCCCAACACCCUGCUCCAUCCAGGUGAGGAAUACAACCACACCACAUGGCUCGUGUUCAACACAGCGUGAGGAACAGGGAUGCAGCCUCCUACCACUGUGUGGGGACUUGCACUUCUUUGAGGGCUUCCUGAUGGUGAACGACUGAAAGGAAAAGAAGCCACAGUUAACAUUUCAGCACGCAGCUGGGAUUCACAAAGACAGGGAAAAGCAACGGGAAGAGACCUAAACUACUCCAGCACUCUUUAUAAUAAACCAACCAAGCACUACUGACAAA